AUGAGCGAACUCCACAACCCCAAUGAGAAGCUCGGGGAAAUUACCCUACUCUUGCAAAAGAUCAAGCAAGUGUCACCGCAGUUGUUGGUCGCAGAGGAAGACGAGAUUCCUGCCAGCCUCCAUCUCCUGGAGGCGGAAAAGAAGAGCUUUGUGGUGUUAAAAAAGCUUGUACGGUUGAAGAAGAUCAAAAUCGAUGACUCUAGACCCGCGACCCCGGAACACCUUCGCAGACCGUACCCGCUUCAACCCGGUUUGGAUGAAGUCCAAGCGAAAGAGGCAGAUCCUAAGACGGUGAUUUUCAAUCGGGGCGCGAAAUUCGAUGAGUAUAUUGCCAAAAACACGCGUAUCCACAGCCCCAGCUCCAUCCACCGAAGGGACAAGUCGCGCAUCGCGCGGACGGAACUGGGCCGCGACAAGCCGUUGCUUGCACGCGCGGAGGAGGUCCUUUUGGAACACUUGGAGUCGCUCGUGACACUUCUUGACAACAUCAACCUUCUCCAGCGCUUUGUGAAGCGUCUUAAGGAGAACAAAUUCCUUGAAAUGAUCAACACGCACACGGCCAAGAUCUGGGUCUUUACGCUUGUUUUCAUGAUCCGCAAGUCGAUCUCGGAUUUGAUAGAACGCAAUACUGUUCUCCGGCACACCAAGGCAGAGUUGGUGGUGUUUUUGCAGACGCGAAUCGCCCAACAGAAGCUGGCCGUCGAUCCCCGCGACGACGCGUUUAUACAGGAGUUCUACACCCGGAUCGAAGAGGUCCAGCAUGAGCGCAGCUUGAUCUUACUAGAGCUCUCGGGAAAUGUUAUCGACUUUGCAUUUGUGUUGACAGAGGUCUUGGGCAUAGCGUUACCGGGGUACGUCGAAGGUUUCCUCAGUCUUGUGAGUGGGUUGAUGAGCUGGUACAGAAUCAGCAAGGUCAACUCCAAGUCGGUGGAGAAGAGUGUAUAG